CGGGCUGGUAAUCGACUAUACGGACCGUGGCAGUGGCUCGGGGGGUGCCCCAGAGGAGGAGCGGAGCCCCAGCCCCCCCAGCGCCGGGAGAUUCAGAACUUGGGCCCAAGCCCCCACCGGGUCUAAAGCCUCUUCCUUAACCUCCAAGAGACUCAAUGAAUUAGGACCUCUUCUCCACAGCUUGGCUUCUGAAAAGUGGCCCCUCACACUCCAAACCACCCUCCACCCCCACCCCAGUGCAGCAAAGGUCUGAGAACCACUAACGACUUCCCACUCCCAAGCUGGGCCAAGGGUCAGGGGUCUUUCUCCAUCUUUUGUUUAUAUUUGGACCAAACAGAAGGGAGAGCUGUGAGAAGGCUGUUUGUGUAAUGACUUGAAUCUGUGCUCUUCCUUCCACAAAAACCUCCUUGUGUGAGGCACCCACAGGUUAUGGUUCUGUGUGUAUGAAAGUAAUCAUUAAUGUGUAUGUGUCCACGUGUGCAGAAUUCCAUAUGUGUGUGUCCUUUCUAACUACAUGGGUAUAAGUAUAUCUAUUGGCCUGUGUGAAUGUGUGCACAUGGUGCGCUGUAUGUGGUUCUUGGCCUCUGUGUGAUUGCUCUUACUGUACAAUUAAGAAAUGUCAGUGAUAAAUAAUGUAUGUAUUCUCUGGGUCUGCAACAUGAAGAGACCCCUAACCCGAUGCCAAGUCUCCCCCCCCCCCCCGCAUUGGAACAAAAUGGACCAAAAAGGAGAGCCAGUGAUCUCUUUGUCCAGCCUUUUAUUCACAGGAAACAUGUCGCCUGUUCUCUCCAAGAUGACACUGAACACCCAGCAGGACCCCCAGACGGUCCUGAGAAGGCGAGCCAGCACCCCACUGUCCCUAGUGCCAAAGCCUAGGUCAGGACUUUUGGCCCCCAAGUCCUCCAAGAGAUCGAACCACCCCCAGCUCUGCCAGUCAUCCUCUCUCAAUCCCCCACCUCGACCCCCCUCACCUGCCCUGGACAACUGGUCCUCUGACUCCAGCGACUCUGCUGAUUCCUUAUACCGGGUGGUGCUACUUGGAGACCCCAGGGUAGGAAAGACCAGCCUGGCAAACCUUUUUGCUGGUAUACAGGAUCGAGACCUUCAGGAGCAUCAGGGAGAGGACGUGUAUGAGAGGACCCUGUCUGUGGAUGGAGAGGACAUGACACUGCUGGUUAUGGAUACCUGGGAGUCAGAGAAGCGGGAAGAGAAGAAUUGGCACCGUGAUUACUGCCUACGAGUAGGCAGCGCCUAUGCAAUCGUGUACUCCAUCACAGACCGAAGCAGCUUUGAGAGUGCCUCUGAGCUGCGCAUCGAGCUUCGAAGGGCCCGACAAGCAGACAAUAUUCCUAUCAUCCUGGUGGGGAAUAAAGCAGACCUGGUGCGCUGUCGGGAAGUAUCUGUGGAAGAGGGUCGGGCUUGUGCUAUGGUAUUCGACUGCAAGUUCAUUGAGACUUCAGCAGCCCUGCAGCACAACGUAACCGAGCUCUUUGAGGGCAUCGUGCGCCAGAUCCGCCUUCGUCAACUGGGCCGGGAGGCAGGUGGCCCCCGUCUUCCAGACCCUGGCCCCAAGAGCCUCAGCCAGAGGGCCCGACGGUUCCUGGCCCGUCUGGCCACACGAAACAACAGGAAGCUAGCACUGAAGGCCCGAUCCAAAUCCUGCCAUGACUUGUCUGUGCUCUGACAGUAGGCUCUACCUCACUGGGCUCCAAGAACAUAAAAGGGAGAAGGGAAGCACCAUCUAGCCUGGGACCAGCCCCAGAGGUUCCCCUAACCACCACCUCCUCCAAAUAGUCAUCUCCCUGCUGCACUGAACCAAAUAUCUUCUCCAGGUAUCAUUGGCGUGACCAGCCAUAACGACUCCGAAUUGGGAGGAGAGGGAUUCCCAGGCCUGCAGAGGAAGAGGCAGAUUGGAGGGGGGGCACCCUGUGUCCAGGGGGGUGGGCCUAGAAUCACUGUCCAAUCCCAUCAGGCACCUCCCCCUUCACACCCACAAAUAAGGAGGCCAAUGUGGUCUGGGUAGUCCCAGGGAACAGAGUAUUGGCACCCCAGCUGUGCCUGUGAAUCGGUAUGGAGAGUGCCAACAUUGGACAAGGGAUCCAAGUCCCAGCCCUGAGCCCCCCAGGGGCUCACAGUGAGGGAGAAGGCUACUGGGUGGACAGCCCAGGUGGUGACAAAUAGGGCCAAUGAAACCAUCCUUUUUGUGGGGAGAAACUCCCUAGCUGGAGAUGGGAUGGGCAGACAUGGAGGGAUGCCACCACCUAAACUUUUUUGUACUAUCUGUCUCAACACCAAGCUACCCAGCCAAUGAUGGCCCCAGGAGCUCCUGCAAUAAACUAGA